AUGGCUGUAGCCCUGCAGGCCUUGCCCCGCUUGGCCCGAGCCCCAUUACGCCCGCUCCUCCGGGGGCGCCCGGGGGCACGGCUGGCCAGCGGCAUGGCGUUGGCAGAGCAGGCUCGGAUGCUGUUUGAGAACACUGUCGGUGCCGUGCUGCCGGGCCCCAUGAUGCACCGGGCACUGUCCUUGGACCCCAGCAGCGGGCAUCUGAAGGUGCGGGACCGGAGCUUCCAGCUGCGGCAAAACCUCUACCUGGUGGGCUUCGGCAAGGCCGUGCUGGGCAUGGCCGCUGCCGCCGAGGAGCUGCUGGGCCAGCAUCUGGUGCAGGGAGUGAUCAGCGUUCCCAAGGGGAUCCGUGCAGCCGUGGAGUGCAGCGGCAAGCAGGAGAUGCUGCUGAAGCCACACAGCCGUGUCCAGGUGUUUGAGGGCGCGGAGGACAACCUGCCGGACCGUGACUCGCUGAGGGCCGCGUUAGCCAUCCGGCAGCUGGCGGAAGGGCUGACAGCUGACGACCUGCUGCUUGUGCUCAUCUCAGGUGGGGGCUCAGCCCUGCUGCCCGCCCCCAUCCCACCCGUCACACUGGAGGAGAAGCAGACACUCACCAAGCUGCUGGCGGCCCGCGGAGCCACAAUCCAGGAGCUGAACACCAUCCGGAAGGCCCUGUCCCAGCUCAAGGGCGGGGGGCUCGCCCAGGCUGCCUACCCCGCCCAGGUGGUGAGCCUGAUUCUGUCAGACGUGAUAGGAGACCCCGUGGAGGUGAUCGCCAGCGGCCCCACCGUGGCCAGCGUCCACAACGUGCAAGACUGCCUGCACAUCCUUAACCGCUACGGCCUGCGCGCCGCCCUGCCGCGCUCGGUGAAGACCGUGCUGGCCCGGGCCGACUCGGACCCCCACGGGCCACACACCUGUGGCCACGUCCACAACGUGAUCAUCGGCUCCAACGCGCUGGCGCUGGCCGAGGCCCGGCGGCAGGCCGAGGCGCUGGGGUACCGGGCCGUGGUGCUGAGCGCCGCCAUGCAGGGCGACGUGAAAAGCGUGGCCGCGUUCUACGGGCUGCUGGCCCGGGUGGCCGGCGCCCACCUCGCCGGAGUCUCCGCGGGGGAGGAGAAGCAGCUGCAGGAGCAGGCAGCCGCGCUCCAGCUCCCGGACCUGCAGCUGGAGGAGGCCCUGGAGGCGGUGAAGGAGGCCGGGGGCCCCAUCUGCCUGCUGGCCGGCGGGGAGCCCACGGUGCAGCUGCAGGGCUCGGGCAAGGGCGGCCGGAACCAGGAGCUGGCCCUGCGUGUGGCGGCGGAGCUGGGGCCGCGGCCGCCGCCGGGGGCUGUGGAUGUGCUGUUUCUGAGCGGCGGCACCGACGGCAGGGACGGGCCCACCGAGGCCGCCGGCGCCUGGGUCACGCCGGAGGUCGCCAGCCAGGCCGCCGCGGAGGGCCUGGACGUGGCCACCUUCCUGGCCCGCAACGACUCGCACACCUUCUUCCACCGCCUGCAGGGCGGGGCCCACCUGCUGUACACGGGGCUGACGGGCACCAACGUCAUGGACGUGCACUUCCUGUUCCUGCGGCCGCGGGGGUGA